GGUCAUAAAUAUACAAAGCUAACAAACUGUUAAAGGAGAUAUUUUCUAUUCUAUCUUGACAAAUAUACCAUUGUAACAACAAAACAGAAAAUAUCUACCUAUUUUAAAUUAUAGUUGAAACUUGCAAAUCAUUAAAGAUGAUGCAAUUAUUUUGUAAAUUUUUUAGUACUCUGUAGAUCACCCAAUAAAGAUUGCAUGAGUAAUAAAGUACAAGCAUUCAUAAUUCACAAAUUUUAUGUUUAUUAAAUAAAAAUAGCUUUGUAUUCAUCCAGCUAAAUGGCUAUUUAUUAUCUUAUAAUCAAGAUAACAAAGUGUUUUAUUUACAUUAAUUUUGAAUUAGGCAAUCUUUCUUGAGUCUCCACUUUUUCAGAAUUUUGGUAAUUCACUUUUUUUUGGUAGUUUUUGAAAGAGUGGGGCUGGGUGAGGAACCUUGACUCUUCACAAUGAACACAUUAGUUCCCCCUUAUCUGCAGUUUCAGUGACCCAGGGUCAACCACAGUCCAAAAAUAGGUUUUUACAGUACAGUAAGGUAUCUUGAGAGAGUGAGAGACACCACACUAUAUAUUUUAACACAUUUUUUACUUUUUAUUUUUUAAAUUUUUAUUUAUUUUAGAGAUAGGGUCUCCCUAUGUUGCCCAGGCUGGUCUCAAACUUUUGGGCUCCAGCAGUCCUCCCGCCUCAACCUCCCAAAGUGCUAGGAUUACAGGGAUGAACCACAACUCCUGGCAACUUUUAUUAUAGUAUAUUGUUUUAAUUGUUCUAUUUUAUUAUUAGUUAUUUUUGUAAUCUUUUACUGUGCUUGAUUUAUAAAUUAAACUUUAUCAUAGGUAGGUGAAUACAGGAAAAAAAUAUAUUGUAUAUAGAGUUUGGCACUAUCUGCUGUUUUAGGCAUCCACUGGGGGUCUUGGGACAUAUGCCUUGUGGAUAAGGGGAACUAGUGUAUCUGUUUCUUUGCUUGGUUAUCAGUUUUGCAAGUUAUGAUGUAAUACAGUACUGCUUUCUUUGGUAGCUGUUGCUGAUUUUGUAAAAUUUGUUUUUUAAUCACUUUUAAGUUUAAAAAAGAAAUAUGAGCGGAAAAGUGGAUAAAAUGUGAAGGCAUUUGGUGCCUAUGGAGGGAUGGUGGUGAGCACUGCUAAGUAGUGAUGAGGCAGGGAAUGAGAAAGAUGGAUGCUUCGUAAACGAGUUUCUCUUUAGUCACAGUACUGACCAGAUCCAGCUUUAGCUCCACAAGAAAUUGAGCACUCUUUUGAAAUAGCAUAGGUCUGUCUUUGCAUAUUUUAUGAAUCUUCAUUGGCUAUGCUAUUAGCCAUAAAAGCUUCAUUUAGCUACAUAUUCUAUGAAUCAGAUUUUUAUAAUAUUUGUACCUCAGAAAUCAAGCUGGUUGAAUCUAAUUUUCUAUGCUCAGACAAGGCAAAAAAGUACAAAACAAUGAAAGAGAAUAUAUCUUUAUUUGCAUGGUUGCAAAUGUGAGUUUAACUUUGCUUCAUAAUCAUCUAUGAAAUAUUUCUGCGCAUGGUGAAGACAUAAAUAUCUUAGCUAGGGCUCAGCAGAGAAAUUGAAGAAAAAUAAAGAUAUCACCAGAAUAGCUAUGUGAAGAUCGAUCAGCAAACUUUAAAGAUUUCUGCUUUGACAUUGAGCCAACAAUGAAAGAAGGAGCAGAAAAAGGAGAAGGAAGAAGAACUCCACUGGACACUCAAAGAUAUGAAUAGCAUUUUAGAUCAGUGAAUAACCAGCAGUGACAUUAAACAUUGAACUGUCUCUGUUCUGACAUGGAAAGUGCCCUGCCGAGUAUCCUCACUCUUGUAAUAAUUGCAGAAUUCAUAAUUGGGAAUUUGAGCAAUGGAUUUAUAGUACUGAUAAACUACAUUGACUGGGUCAGUAAAAGAGAGCUGUCCUCAGUUGAUAAACUCCUCAUUAUCUUGGCAAUCUCCAGAAUUGGGCUGAUCUGGGAAAUAUUAGUAAGUUGGUUUUUAGCUCUGCAUUAUCUAGCCAUAUUUGUGUCUGGAACAGGAUUAAGAAUUAUGAUUUUUAGCUGGAUAGUUUCUAAUCACUUCAGUCUCUGGCUUGCUACAAUCCUCAGCAUCUUUUAUUUGCUCAAAAUAGCAAGUUUCUCUAGCCCUGCUUUUCUCUAUUUGAAGUGGAGAGUAAACAAAGUGAUUCUGAUGAUACUGCUAGGAAGCUUGGUCUUCUUAUUUUUAAAUCUGAUACAAAUAAACAUACAUAUAAAAGACUGGCUGGACCGAUAUGAAGGAAACACAACUUGGAAUUUCAGUAUGAGUGACUUUGUAACAUUUUCAGUGUCGGUCAAAUUCACUAUGACUAUGUUCAGUCUAACACCAUUUACUGUGGCCCUCAUCUCUUUUUCCCUGUUAAUUUUCUCCCUGCAGAAACAUCUCCAGAAAAUGCAACUCAAUUACAAAGGACACAGAGAGCCCAGGACCAAGGUCCAUACAAAUGCCUUGAAAAUUGUGAUCUCAUUCCUUUUACUCUAUGCUAGUUUCUUUCUAUGUAUUCUCAUAUCAUGGAUUUCUGAGCUGUAUCAGAACACAGCGAUCUACAUGCUUUGUGAGACGAUUGGACUCUUCUAUCCUUCAAGCCACUCCUUUCUUCUGAUUCUAGGAAACCCUAAGUUAAGACAGGCCUUUCUUUUGGUGGCAGCUAAGGUAUGGGCUAAACGAUGAGAAACUCACAAUUUCAUAAGCCAUUCAGACCACAGAUUAUUGAAUAUUGCAGACAGAAACAGGAGUCUACAAGGAGUUUAAAAGAUAUUUUAUGCUUCCCCUGGUUUCUUUUAUUGUGAAGGUCACUGUAAAUUUUUUAAAUUCUUCUCUAUAAUAGCAUCUUACCUAAGAAUAUUAUGUAUUUAUGACAUGUAUUUCUACAUUAUUAGGAAUUUGAAACUUAUUUGAGGAAAUUAUUGGCAGAUUCUAUUGUAAAUUAAAAACAUAUACUACAGCAUACUUAGAUGUUAAUUGUAAAUCUACAAUCUUUUGUUUGGCGAUGGCUCUUCAAUUCUAAAUCAUUCAUUGGGAUGGGUGAUUUAGGUAAUUAUUUUAUUAUCUCAAGUACUCCUAUUUAAAUGGUGAGUUACAGAUAACUAGAACAGUUAUUUGGAAUAGAAUUAGGGAAGUUUGGACUUGCCACUAUUACUAUGCUGAUGGGUUGAGAGAAUUGUGAGGGUUAAAAAGUUUAAUAUGAGUAACUGCCACAUAAAAAGAUAAGGGUUUUUUAGUAAUUAUAUUGUAUGUAUGUGUACAUACAUAUUUUACAUUAUGCCUUUUAAAGUAAAUAUUAUUGAGGUAUAAUUUACAUAUAAUAAAAUGCAACAUGUUAGUCCACAUUUCAGUUAGAGUUUUGACAAUGUAUAUACUUGUGUGACCACAAUGUCAGUGCCCUUUGCAGUUUACCCUCUCCUCUCCAGCCCUUUUUUCCAAGCAACUACUUAUCUGCUUUUGGUAACAAUAAGAGAGUUUUUGAUUUCUACAAUUUUAUGCAUCUAUAUAUCUAUAUAUGUAGAUAUAUAGAUAUAUAGAUGCCAUAUACACACACACACACACACACACACACAGUUAUAGAGUGUGUAUUGUUAUAUGUGAGGCUUAACUCAGCAUAAUGUUUUUGAAGUUUUUCUAUUUUGUUGUAUUAAUCAGUAGUUUGCUCCUGAGCAGUAUUCCUGAGUAGUGUCGGAUAUCCCACAUUAAAAAAUUUCUCUUUCCUGUUAAUGAACAUUUGAAUGGUUUUCAAUUAUUGGCCAUUAUAGAUAAAACUGGUAUCAACAUUCAUGUAUGUCUCUUCUUCUGGAUAUAUGACUUCCUCACUCUUGAGUAAAUACCUAUGAGUAAAAAUGUCAAAUCAUAUGGUAAGUGUACGUUUAACUUAAAAAAACUGCCAGAGUUCUAUAGAGUGGUUGCACCAUUUCAUAUUAUUGCCAGCAAUAUACGAGUGUUUCAGUUAUUUCACAUUCUGGCCAAAAGUUGGUAGGUACUCUGUUUUGUUUUUUAUUUUGGCCAUUCUAGUCAGAAUGUAAUGGCAUCUCAUCAUAGUUUUAAUUCACAUUUUCCUAAUGGCUAGUGAGGCUGAACAUUUUUUCAUGUGCUUUGGGUCAUUCAUAAAACCUCUUUUUACAAAAUGUUUGUUUAAACCUUUUGCCAACUAUUUAGCUUGAUUCAUUGCUUUCUGUUUUUAUUACUGAGUUGUUAAUGUUCUUUAUAUAGUCUCUGUAUUAGUCCAUUUUCAUGCUGCUAAUAAAGACAUACUCAAGACUGGGUAACUUAUAAAGAAAAAGAGGUUUAAUUGACUCACAGUUCCACAUGGCUGGAAAGGCGUCACAAUAAUGGCAGAGGUGAAAGUCACGUCUUACAUGGUGGCAGUCAAGAAAGAAUGAGAGCCAAGCGAAAGGGGAAACCCCUUAUAAAAACAUCAAGUUUCAUGAGACUUAUUCACUACCAUGAGAACAGUAUGGGCGAAACCACCCCCAUGAUUCAAUUAUCUCCCACUGAGUCCCUCACAUAACACAUGGGAAUUAUGGGAGCUACAAUUCAAGAUGAGAUUUGGGUGGGGACACAGCCAGACCAUAUCAGUCUGAAUAUAAGUUCUUUAUCAGACAUAUGUUUUAUAAAUAUUUUCUGCCAGCCAGAGGCUUGUCAUUUCAUUUUCUUUACAGUGUCUUUCAAAGAGAGGGCAUUAAAAACUCUUAAUGAAGUUCAAUAAUCAACGAUUUUCCUAUAAGAAAAUUAUUUUUAACUUUUUUUGCUUUCAAAAUUCAAAGAUAUUUUAUGGAUCAUUUGGAAUAAAUAUUUGCAAUAAGGCACAGUUAUCCUUGAGUAUAAUGACAGAAAGCCUGAUUUCAUUUUCUCUGCUGUCAGAACAGGUUCUUUGGUGAUACCACAUGCAUUUUUAGUAGCCUGUUUCAAUAGUACUACCUACUUGAGCAUUCUCAUUUUCUCUCUUUUAUUUUCUUUUUAGAAAGGACCUCCCAAAUGGGUUUGCUUAAAAAUUAGAUGAUGUUCAUCCUUCCUUUUGUGGAAACACUGGCUUCCAUUCUUCUCUUAAUCCUCUCCUUAUGGAGCCACACCAGGCAGAUGAAGCUACAUGGUAUUUAUUCCAGGGAUCCCAGCACAGAAGCCCAUGUAAGACCUAUAAAAGCUAUAAUUUCAUUUCUACUCCUAUUUAUUGUGCAUCAUUUCAUCAGUAUCAUACUAACAUUGGCCUGUCCUCUUCUAAACUUCAUUGUGGCAAGGACUUUUAGUAGUGUGCUGGUAUUUUUCCAUCCAUCUGGCCAUUCAUUUCUUCUAAUUUUACGGGACAGCAAACUGAAGCAAGCUUCUCUCUGUGUCCUGAAGAAGAUGAAGUAUGCCAAAAAGGACAUAAUCUCUCAUUUUUAUAAACAUGCCUGAUAUGACUGAUGAUAUUCUGAGAAAGAAAAAAAAGGAAGAAGAAGAACAGGAGGGCUACACAUUUGUGUCUUUCACCUACCUCUUAUUUUCUCAUUAUGUUCUAUGAUACAUUGAGCAUUAUUGAAAAUACUUGCUGAUUUAAAUUAAGCAGAACAGAUUGCUACCUUGUUUGCACCAUAUAUGGAGAUUAUGUAUUUAAUAGUAAAAUUCUAAUAUAUUGAAAAUGCAUUUUACAUUAGGCACUGUGAACAGUAUAAUAGGUUACUCUAUCUUUAAAUUUUAUUAAUAUGUUGCAUAAGCAUUAGAAUAGAAUAGAAAUACAUCAAGAAUUAUAAUAUCUAUGUAUGUGUAUAGAGUGUAUAUAAAAUCAGAUUUACAUGUAUAAACACAUAGGGAUUUAGUUCCUAUCCUAAAAAUGAUGAUCAAUUGAUAAUUUAAAACUAGGAAGGAAAACUCAAAUGAAAAUAGUUAGUAGAGUCUGCAGCUUAGUGAAAACUUUGAGGAUAUGAAACAAAGUCAAUUGAAAUGCACAUCACUAAGAGUUAUUUCCAAAUAUAAGCCAUAUUCUAUUAAUAUUUUCAGUCAUUUUCAGUUAAAAACACUAAGCAACCUUGACCAUCAAAAAUGUUACAAUCUUGACCAUCUACAACAGACUUGGAAUCUAGAAUCUGAAUCUUUGGAGUAACAAUAAAAUUUUGCUCAAUUGGUUAACUGUGUAAGGAAGGCAAGGACCCAUAUUAAAAAAUCAGUAAGAUUUUAAGUAAGCAAAAUUGGAGGACUGAUGCUGGCAUCUAGUGUAGAGUUACCAGGUUUAGUAAAUAAAAAUAUAGAAAGCCAAGAUGAUAGUAACAAAUACAGGAUCUCAUUUGAUGAAAGUCACUGUGUAAAGAAAGAAAAAUAAAUAAAGGUUUGAAAAGAAAAACAAAUCAGGGAUAACCAGUCAGUUUACAGAAUUGAAUUUAAUAAGAACAUCUCCUCUUAAAAUUGUAAUGAGAAAGCAUGUAAAAAUAGCAGGUUAAAUAAAAGAACACAAUCGCAAGUUUAAGGUAAACAGUAAUAAAUACUUAAAAUGAAAUAAUUGGAAGCAGAUUUUGAAGAACAAUUAUGUUCUUUCUAAGAAAUGAAAGAACAUAUUGCAAGCAAAUAAUAUAGUUUUCAGCAGUAAAGUCAAAAGACAAAUUUUCAACAUUGCAGAAAGUAUUUUAAAAAGUCAAUUAUAUAGUAAUCGAUAGAACAAAAAGUAACCCUAGAAAAAUAACCUGGACAUUGCAGGCCUAAAAUGAAAUUUUAAAUGUGUGAACAAAAUUAAAAUAUCCAGAGAAUAGACUAUGAGAUUUCCAUGUGCAAAGGAUUAAAUCCCUUUAGGACAGUGGUUCUCCACACAGGGCAAUUUUGCCCCCUAGGGGACAUUUAAUAAUGCCUGGAGACAUUUCAGUUAAAAUUGGAGGGAUGCUGCUGGCAUCUAUUGUAAUGUUAACAGUUAAGCAAAUAAAAAUAUAUGAGGCCUAGUUAAAUUUACACUUCAGACAAAAAAAAAAACAAGAAGAAUAAAUUUAUAAAUAAGUAUUACUUGUGAUAACCAUAAUAUAAGUUUACAUCAUAAUGUAAGUGUGCUAUGGAGGACCAAUUACAGACCUGCAGCACUGAUAAUUGGAUACACAGACAAAGACAAUUAUUUGCUGCUUAUUUGAAAUUCAAAUUGAACUGGAACACCCUGUAUUUUACCUGGUAACUGUACGAGGACAAGGAUGCUGCUCAAUAUCUCACAAUGCACAUGACAGCCCCUCACAACAGAAUUAUCCAGCAUAAAAUGUAAAUUGUUCUGAAGUUAAAAAUCAUGCUCUAUGAAGAUGUAAUAAUGAAAAACACAAAUUCCAUAAUAGCAAUUAGGACUGAAAAAAUAAAUCAGUUAUUGAUACAAGAUUUCACAUACUCCAGCUGCCUUCCUUAUCUCUGAAAUGUCCAACUUACCAUACUUAGGCUCUGAUUUCUGUACAUACAUCCCCAGUUCACACUUGCUUCCAAGCAGGCCUUACUUUGAGACAGGAACGAUUUGGGCUGCUUUAGUCCUUCACCAAUUGCUGAUUAAUGAGCUGUGAUGGCUUCCAGUUAAAAUAAUUUGUGGGUGAAAAAUUCACAAAAUAUAGUUCACUUUUAAAAAUUAGAGUAUAGACAUUCUCAAAGCUGUGUUCUUGUUUAUAGGGUACUGUGAAUUCCUAAGCCCCAUAAUUCUAUAGAUAACUUGUUUAUGGCAGUCUUCUAUUUACCUCCAUAACAAUUUUAGAUUUUACUUCUUUUUCUUCCUCCUAUCAUGAUAUGGGAUAUUCUGAUAAUGAUUUUCGCAAUUUUGCUAAGUGAUAAUCACAGACUUAAUUUAAAUCAUAAAAUGACAUACCCUUAUGAAAUAAGAUUAUUCACUUUCCUUUCAAUCCUUUCUAACUGUUCCAGUGCUCUCAAACGGUAGCGUCAUCCCUGAUGUCACAGUUCUCCUCCUGUCCCCCUUACCUCUGGACUCAUCUCUUAAUCAAAAAUAAAAACAAAUUGUAUGCAAAAGAAAGAAACAUUUUUUUAAAAAGUUACUUCUGAUGAACUUAGUUCUGUCCACGAAGAAAAUAGAUAUAUUCAGAAUACUCUACAAUCUUUGGUAACUGUGUAACCUUGAUCUUGGGGAAGGAUGUUGGGAAAAAAAUUCUGUGUGAAUGUGUUGCACUUCUGCAUGGUCUAGCUCUUAUCUUGUGAGCAAACAGUACGUUUGAUGAGCAAACAGAAGGGCCUCAACUAGGAUCAGGUGAGCAAGGUACGCAGGGUGCAAAGUUUGAGGAGUCACUUGGUUUUAGGGCCCUGCAACCUAUUGAAUGCCUUUUUACAUUUUGUGCCCUAGGAGUCUCGUUCACUUUGCCCAAGACCAGGUCAUGGCAAAGAGCCUUUGGAUUUAGAAAUAGGGUAUCCCUCUUGGUCAGAAGGCAGAUUUGUUUAAAGAUAAAGACUCUUCUUCUUCUCUUCUUCUUCUUCUUCUCUCCAGAGAUAUUUGCUUACAUUCCAGUGUAAACCUUCUUCCUCAGAAGGGAAGAUGGACAGGUUACUCACAGUGAUCAAAGUUUUUAAGACCAGAGUUUCCUAAUUUUGAGAUUUCUCUUUUGAUAGACACCACUACAUGCGCAUGUAACAUCAGGUUCUAAUCUUAUCCCUGUGAGGGGACUGAAGCUUGAAGAAACAGUAUGAUGAUGUUCCUCUGGCUACUGCUAGUACUUCGGUGAAUAAUAAACCAUCCUGUGUCUUCUGCAAGUAUAACAAGUGACAAGCUAAGUUGUUAGCUUAUAAUAAUUUUGGCAACAAGGAUGGAACACAGCGCAAAGACCUGGUCUUCUGAGGAGAAAGUGAAGGAUCCUACAAGCUGAUUAAUAGGAUUUGCUGAAAGUCCAUGGGAACUGGUAGCUAACUGUUGACUAAAAUGUUUGUAAUUGGUAAAUAAAUAUUCUUCUAUUAUGUUGCUCAUUAAA